AUGGAUAAACUGCAGAAUAGACUAAUGGAUAAACUGCAGGAUAGACUAAUGGAUAAACUGCAGGAUAGACUAUUUGAUAAACUGCAGGAUAGACUCAUGAGUAAACUGCGGACUGGACUGAUGGAUAAACUGCAGGAUAGACUAAAGUGUAAACUGCAGGGUAGGUUAUUUGAUAAACUUCAGGAUAGACUAAUGGAUAAACUGCAGAAUAGACUUAUGGAUAAACUGCAGGAUAGACUAAUGGAUAAACUGCAGAAUAGACUAAUGGAUAAACAGCAGAAUAGACUAAUGGAUAAACUGCAGGAUAGACUAAUGGAUAAACUGCAGGAUAGACUAAUGGAUAAACUGCAGGAUAGACUAAUGGAUAAACUGCAGAAUAGACUAAUGGAUAAACUGCAGGAUAGACUAAUGGAUAAACUGCAGGAUAGACUAAUGGAUAAACUGCAGAAUAGACUAAUGGAUAAACUGCAGGAUAGAAUAAUGGAUAAACUGCAAAAUAGACUAAUGGAUAAACUGCAGAAUAGACUAAUGAAUAAACUGAGGACUGGGCCAAUGGAUAAACUGCAGGAUAGACUAAUGAAUAAACUGAAGGAUAGACUAAUGAAUAAACUGCAGGAUAGACUAAUGAAUAAACUGCAGGAUAGACUAAUGGAUAAACUGCAGGAUAGACUAGCCAACCCCCACUUUUCUAAUCGUAUGUGUGUGUGUUUUAUUUGA